UUGUGCGGGACCAGAUAACUUCACUGCAUCACACCCCUUCUCUCUGUCCACAGUGGCACAGUCCUCCCAUCCCCUGCUAAUCCCCCCCAAAAAAAUUACUUUUUUUUCCCUUCUCUCAGUCUCAUUUUCCUGGAGACUGCCUGAAAUUCCAGCACUUCCUGCCAGGAACAUUCCGUCUUGCUUUCUUUCUUGCUCUCUGUCUACCUCCCCCUCUUCUACCCUCCCUACCCUCAUACCCAACCCCAACCCCCAUCCCCACCACUCCCUUCCCCACCCACCCAACUGAGGAUUGUAACAAGAAAUGUUUCGCUCUGUGAUUUGGAUCCUCUGCUUCGGAACCACCACUGCAGUGAGCGGGUCACGAAUCACCGAGCAGCCCCGAGAUCAGGUUGUGGUGGCCGGAGACAGUGCCCUCCUCUCCUGUGCUGUUUUCAACUACUCUGGCAUUGUCCAAUGGACCAAGGAUGGACUGGCACUCGGAAUGGGAAAUGGCCUACCAGCAUGGCCUCGGUACCGUAUUGUGGGCGAGUUGGAGAAGGGGGAGCACAACCUGCAGAUCCAGAAUGCUGAUCUGUCUGACGAUGCUGUCUAUGAGUGCCAGGCGACUGAGGUGGCUCUCAGGUCUGACAGGGCAACAUUGACUGUGCUGGUCCCUCCUGAUGACCCUGUAAUUGACGAUGGUCCUGAGAUAUUGCUGAAAGCAGGUUCCAUGUACAACCUAACAUGCCGAGCUCGUGGAGCCAAACCAGCAGCAGACAUCACUUGGUACCAGGACGGUGCGGUGCAGGAAGGGGCUGCCAGCUCCAAGGCUGUGAUGGAUGACGGGAAGAGGUCCACGACCAUCAGCACCCUCCCCAUCACUCCCACCGAUGUGGACACUGGCCGCCUGUUCACCUGCCAUACAAGUAACAUGGCGUUGCCUGCUGGAAAGGAGACCAUCGUCCGACUCAAUGUUCACCAUCCACCAUCUGUCACGUUAUCCAUACAUCCUCAGAAGGUACGAGAGGGAGACCGUGUUGUCUUCACCUGCACAGCCAAUGCCAAUCCUGACAUCAAUGGAUACAGAUGGGCGAAGGGCGGGCUGCCCAUUGAGGGAGCCCGGGGCAGUGUGUACGAGACAGCUGUGGAUCACACAUACUUCACAGAGCCCGUCUCCUGUGAGGUACAGAACUCAGAGGGCAGCACGAACGUCAGUUCCCUCGUCGAUGUGGAGUUUGGACCACGGAUGGUAGAGGAACCAGAGAUGAAGACAGCCAACAUGGGUGAGAGUGUGGUGCUGAGCUGUGUGUGGGUGGGCAACCCGCCCUUGACCCUGACCUGGACAAAGAAAGGCUCAAAUGUGGUGCUCAGUAACAGUAACCGGCUGUACCUGAAGGCGGUCACCCAGGCUGAUGCAGGACAGUAUGUAUGCAAGGCAAUCGUCCCGCGGAUUGGGGUUGGUGAGAGGGAGGUCACCCUCAAGGUCAAUGGCCCUCCAAUUAUCUCAAGUGACCCUGUCCAGUACGCAGUGGAAGGUUCUUAUGGCCAAGUGGAGUGCUAUAUCGCAAGCACACCUCUCCCAGACCGCAUCGCAUGGACAUGGAAGGAAAUGGUACUGGAAUCAGGGACAUAUGAGCGGUAUUCAGUGGAGACGGUGGGCACAGGCUCAGGAGUACGGUCCACAUUACUCAUCAGUAAUGUUGCCCAGUCCGACUUUGAGACAGACUACAACUGCACAGCCUGGAAUAGCUUCGGACCAAGCACAGCCCUCAUCCAACUGCACAAGCAAGAUGUACUUCCCAUUGGAAUCAUCAUCGGCAUCACGGCCGGGCUUGGGAUUCUGCUCACCCUCCUCCUCAGCAGCCUCGCCAUCAUCUUCUACAGGAGACGCAAGCGGAGUCGGAAGGAUGUGACUCUUGGGAAACCUGACAUUAAAGUGGAGUCGGUGAACAAAGAGGCACCACUGGGCAGCAAGGAACUGGAGGAGGAUGAUUCCAGCAUCUCCACAGCAACUCGGGUGAUGAAAGCCAUGUACUCGUGUGGAGAUGAUCUUAGGGAAUUCAGGAAAGAGAACAAUGAUGUCUUAGAACAUAUCCACAUUGCAAAAGAGGAGCUGCUGAAGGUCUCAAGAUGCAGUAAAAUGGAGAAUGCCCAGGACCUGACCAGUUAUCAUUCAGAGGCAUUCAAGGAGGAUAUCGAACUGAAGUCCGACCUGCGUCCAGACAUCAUCGAUACACGGGAGGAGAGUGAGCUGAAGGACCCGACCAAUGGUUACUACAAUGUGCGGGGUCAAGAAGAGCGACCAGCUUCGCGGACACUACUGUAUGCGGACUACCGACCUGCGGGGCCACGCUUUGAGACACGCCCUCCUUCCCGCCUCUCCCACACCAGUGGUUAUGCCCAGGGUGCUGGUGUGCCCCCACUGACAGGCUCACCCUAUGGGCGACUGCCCGACUUCCCUGGGGAUGGAGCUGGGGACGCAGUCAGCCAGCUAUCAUAUGAGCCCUAUGCCUAUACGUAUGGCAUGCCCCUGUACACGCGGACAUUCGAAUCCUUCGAAACUCCGCCCAAGUACACUGGUGCCUCCCGCUUCUCUUACUCCUCCUCCCAGUCCGAGCAUGGACGUCCCUACCAACAGCGCAUGCAGACCCAUGUCUGACCGUAUAUGACCCUCAAAUCCCUUUGUCACCCCAUUUCCCUAUCUGUCCCUUCGAUCAUUCCCACCCCUCAGGUGCCUUUCAAAUUGUGACCAAUCAGUAUUGAGGUGGAGAUGGUGAAGGAGUUGUUGGACAGUCAGACACCAAGGUCAGAGAGUCAUGCCAGCCCUCAAUCAGGGAAGCCCCUCACUCUCUCUUCCCUCUACCCUCCCUCAUUUGCUUACCUGUCUCCCUCACCCUUCUCCUCCUUUUAACCUCCUUCCUCUCCUCCCCCCUUCCUCCUCCACUCCUUCCAUGCUUACCUUACAUUCUCCCCUCUUAUUUUCCUC